UGCCCUCCAACGCUGCCGCGCCUCCGGGGUCCUCGGCCAGGGACAGCAGCCGCUCCCGCGCCAGCAGGGAAGGCUCCUUUGUCCUGACGGCGCGGUCAGGUGACAGCGCCGAGCCUACUUAGCUGGAGACGCGGAAGGGCGCGCGCAGGGAGGCGGCGCCGACAUGCGGCCCCAGGCGCUCCCCGGGCUCCCGCGGGCGCUCCCGCUGCUGCUGCUGCUGCUGCUGCUGCUGCUGCUGUCGCCGUCGCUCGCGCCCGGCGCAGCUCCGCGCGCGCCGCGCUUCGACCCCACUUGGGAGUCCCUGGACGCCCGCCCGCUGCCGGUCUGGUUCGACCGGGCCAAGUUCGGCAUCUUCAUCCACUGGGGGCUGUUCUCCGUGCCCAGUUUCGGGAGCGAAUGGUUCUGGUGGUAUUGGCAAGAGAAGAAGAUACCGAUGUACGUGGAAUUUAUGAAAAAUAAUUACCCUCCUAAUUUCAAAUAUGAAGAUUUUGGACCACUAUUUACAGCAAAGUUUUUUAAUGCAAGCCACUGGGCAGAUAUUUUUCAGGCUUCUGGUGCCAAAUAUAUUGUCUUAACUUCCAAACAUCAUGAAGGCUUUACCUUGUGGGGCUCUCAGUACUCCUGGAACUGGAAUGCUGUAGAUGAGGGGCCGAAGAGGGACCUCGUCAAGGAACUCGAGGUGGCCAUUAGGAAGAGGACUGACCUGCGUUUUGGACUGUACUAUUCCCUUUUUGAAUGGUUUCAUCCACUCUUCCUUGAGGAUAAGUCCAGAUCAUUCCAACAGCAGCAGUUUCCAGUUUCUAAGAUGCUGCCGGAACUCUAUGAGUUAGUGAACAAGUACCAGCCAGAGAUCCUGUGGUCGGAUGGUGAUGGCGAUGCUCCUGACUACUACUGGAACAGCACAGGUUUCCUGGCCUGGCUGUAUAACAGAAGCCCAGUUCGGGACACAGUUGUGACCAAUGACCGUUGGGGAUAUGGUACCAUCUGUAAGCAUGGUGGCUAUUAUACCUGCAGUGAUCGGUAUAACCCAGGACAUCUUUUGCCUCAUAAAUGGGAAAAUUGCAUGACAAUAGACAAGUUUUCCUGGGGCUACAGGAGAGAUGCUGGAAUUAAUGACUAUCUUACAAUCGAAGAACUAGUGAAGGAACUUGUAGAAACAGUUUCAUGUGGAGGAAAUCUUUUGAUGAAUAUUGGACCCACACAUGAUGGCACCAUUUCUGUAAUUUUUGAGGAGCGAUUGAGGCAGAUGGGGACCUGGCUAAAAGUCAAUGGAGAAGCCAUUUAUGAAACCCACCCUUGGAGGUCCCAGAGUGAUGAUGUCACCCCAAAUGUGUGGUACACAUCCAAACAUAAACAAAAAUUGGUCUAUGCCAUAUUUCUUGAAUGGCCCACAUCAAGGCAUCUGUUUCUUAGCCAACCGAUAGCUACUCUGGGAGUAACAAAGAUUAAACUGCUGGGACAUGAACAGCCACUUAACUGGACUUCUUUGAAGCCAAAUGGCUUACUGGUAGAACUGCCACAUCCACCCUUGUAUCAGAUGCCCUGUAAAUGGGGCUGGGCUCUAGCAUUAACUAAUGUGAUCUAAUUUGCUGCAGAGAGGUUCAUGCUGCAGGUACACUGGAGACUAGAAUAUAUCAGGUUUCUAUAAUUGUAGCACUUAGAGAAAGCAAUUGUAAAACUGGUCAAGGAAAGUCAAGUAAUUAUUUAGGCAAUUCAGACUUUUCCCCUCUUACUCCUUAAUGUUUUUCUUAAAUUACCCAUGUUAACUGUUUUAACUCUACAGUGUACUUUAGCCAUCAAAGUCUCUUCACAUUGAGUUUAUCUCCAUGUGUGAUUAAGAGGUGGGAAUUUUUAUUUUACAGUAGCUAGGAAUUGGUGGUGGUAAUGACUGACUGAAUUGUGUCUCCUGAAUUGUGUCUCAAAUUCAUUUGUUGAAGCCCUAACCUGCAAUGUGCCUAUAUUUGAAGACAGAGCCUUUGAAGGGGUAGCUAAGGUUAAAUAAAGUCAUAAGAGUGAGAACCUAA